UGGGCUCCGGGAUCCACUACCGUACAGUGCAUCCGUUUUGGGACGAACGUCCAAGAGCAAAACGGCGGCCGCACUACUUAUAUCCAGAACCAUACAAAUCCUAUCCCUGCUCACCCUUUCUUCCUGAGCCAAACAAUCAAAAACCCCUAUCCUCUCACUGUGCAUGCCCUUUGGUUCACUACCAUCACUACUGCUGGUUGGCCAUCCUACACACUAAGAGAGAAGGGAAGAAGAAGAAGAUCCGACUAGCACUCGCAUUCGCAUUGCCAGUGCAACACGAUGGCUCUCAGGCUGUGGGCUAGCUCAGCAGCCAAUGCGCUCAAGCUCUCCGGAGCCAGGGCUGCCGCACCGUCCUACUCCAUCUCCAGAUUCUUCUCCACAGUUCAUGAUGGGUUGCUGUACACUACGACUCAUGAGUGGCUCAAGGACCAUGGGGACGGCGUCCUCUCGGUUGGCAUCACGGACCAUGCUCAGGGUCACCUUGGAGAGGUGGUGUUCGUGGAGCUGCCGGAACCCGGCGCGACGGUCACCGCGGGAGGAUCCUUCGGCAACGUGGAGAGUGUGAAGGCCACCAGCGACGUCAACUCCCCGAUCUCCGGAGAGGUCGUCGAGGUCAACUCCAAGCUGUCGGAGACGCCCGGCCUGAUCAACUCGAGUCCGUACGAGGAGGGGUGGAUGAUCAAGGUGAAGCCGAGCAGCCCGGCGGAGGGCCUGCUGGACGCCUCCAGCUACACCAAGCACUGCGAGGAGGAAGACGCUCACUAGAGCCAGCAGAUAUAUAGAUCAUGCAUGCACAUGCUGCGUUUGCUGCUUAUGAUCCACAUAUAUAAAAUAGUGUGUUCUAUUGGUUGUUUCAGUCAUUUUUUGCUUUAUUUAUUUAUUUUCUUGCAAAAGCUCCACCAACCUUUAUGCAAUAACCAAAUUAAAGGCACUCACACUGAUCGUGUGUCGUGCCUUAAUUCUUCUGUUUCUCUUUCACCUGCCGGCACUCUAGCUUUUUUUUAGAUAAGGGGAAUCCGGCCUCAGUGCUGGCACUCUAGCUACAGUAUUUGCCCAAAUUAUAUUUCUUCAGAGUGA